GCGACAUUUGCCGACUGUGGACUAUUGGAGUCUUCGACUGUCUUGUGCAAGUCACUACGAGUGUGUAUUUGUGUAAACGUGCUGGGUCAUUUUUUCAUCGUAAGAGGUUUAGCAAAGUUUCUGAAAGGUGUUAUAACCAUUGAAGUGCCCGCUUUGCAAAACGUGUUGGUGGCUUGUUUAAAUUCUCCUGAAAAUGGCAACAGGAAAGGUUUGUGGUGUUAGAAGAUUUUGAUUGUAAACUGUUUUAAAACGGCGUAAUCUUCAGUAGAUUUCUUUGAGAUUGAAGCAUUAACUAAUUUUUUUAACCAGAAUUGCUAGACAGCAUUCGUCAGGAGAUUAAUGAAUGGGCCUUCCCUCUUGUAUAGCUUAGACAACAGUUUAUCAUACUAUCGGGUCUGCAGUGUCAUGUUUGGGAUGCUUUGAGAUGCUGUCCCAUGUUUGAGAUAACGUUUUUCUUUAAAUAUGUUAUAUAUGAUGGGCCUGACUGAGUUUUGACUGGGAAAUAAUUGAGCAAUACUAGAAGCUUACCGACAAGGCCAAAGUGGUUUCACUCAAAUCCACCACAACAUUCCGUAUUUGGCACCGUCUUCAACAAUUGAUAUAUCCGAAACAUAUUUACUAACACCUACGUGUAGUGUUCUUACCGAAACAUUAUUUUUACACUAAUAAGUACUUCUCGGCACCUUUUGUUAGUUCCUAGGCUUACUCUAAUUUUAGCUGUUUAUCGUAAUUUAUAUUGUAAUCCUGUGAAAAUGACGCUUUCCCCUUGUUUGAGUUUGGUAUCAGUGGGUUAAACACUCGCUGGGUGUAUGACGGUCAGAAAAAUAUAAAUUUUUGCUUUCUCAAACAGCCAGUGCAGAUGGAGACGAUACAUAAUAGAAUCGUUUUUACAAAAGUCUAGUUGACUAGUUGGGUCUCUAUUCCAAUAUGGAAUUGAAAUUUGCUCCCUAGCUUUUCUGCAAAUUAUUUUAUUUUCCGUCGGGAAAUUGCAGAAACUGUUUUUUGCUUUGUCAUGAUUAGCCUGCGCUGCUGACGUUCGUCUUUAAGUUUUUGGUAAGUGCAAAUUUACGGCGACUAUAUACGACUAUGUUUCCUAGUGAGGAUAAAGUUAUAAUAAGAACAUUUCGUGAGUCACGACAGUUUUCGCUAUUACCAGCAAAGAGAUUGCGGUCAGCUGGUGACGAUAAGAAAAUAUGACGUUACUUCAGACGCGCAAAUGACGAACGUAUCCAAGUUGUCUGUAUGCAGAUUCGGGUUGUAUGAUGUUAGUUUCGCGUUAGUAUAAUGUUCCAAAUUCCAUGCUAACCUCAGCACGGCAACGAUACAGCUCACAUGAUUCCAGAACAUCCAUGACCUAACGAUGUUUAACUUUGUAGCGAGUUCUGUACAUUGAGUGUACAACAACAUCAGAUCACUUUAAGGUAGCUUACAUUCAAGAACAUUUAGGGAGUGUUCAUUAUUUAUACCCAGGGUUGGUACCGAAGAGAAACUAAUCGAAAAGAGAAAAAAACAACCACCCACCCUUUCGAUCAACAAUUUUUUUCCAUACUCAACUAUUGCAUGACUUGGUUUUUAUUUUACCCAAUCCAAUUUCAAAAUUAUACAAGUAUUUUACAUAUAUACAUAUAUAUUAUUAUACAAGCUAGGCCACUAUAGUAUAAACAGUACUAUGCAUAUUUGGUGCACUAACUGAAUGUAAUAUAUAAUCAUUUGUACCUUCACAAGUUCAUAUUAUGUUCCCAAGCCUACAAGUUCCUGCAGUCCUACCAUAUCUCGUUGUUGUAAUCAGAGGGGAUGGGGGAGUUGGAGUUUAGUUUUCUUUGUGGGGAAUGAAUGGAUAUUUCCUGGAAUGACCCAUUUUGUUAAAUAAAGGAUUUUCAUAUUUUGUUCAAUUGAAGGUUUGUAUUGAAAAUAAUUUACCCAACCAUAGGCUUUGUUCAAAAAAUAUUUACCCAACCCUUCAUACCCCAGAAAAAUGUCUUACCCAACCCAAAUCUCUUCGGUAUCAACCCCAAUCUCUUCGGUAUCAAACACUCCCUUAAGAUAGCUUACAUUCAAGAACGUGUACUACUCCUGCAUGAUCUAUAACCAUACUCAGCAGUGAGUUCAAUCUAAAGAACAUCAGAUCACUUCAAAAUCAUUAUAGCCCAAAUUCAAGAACAUGUUGCCUCGGCAUGAUCUUAACCGGCUCAGCAGUGAGUUCUUUACAUAGGUAUAGUCCACAUUGUAUCAACUUUUUAUUCUCAUCCCGUAAAUCUUUCUAUUCUAUUUAGACUUCAUACUUUGUCCUGUUCGUGGUCAUAAUCUUAUAUGUGACAGCUGCUCCAUUACCAGGCUCCGGCAAUGAUGCAGCGAAGGAGAUUAAACGUUUACGAUAUAAAGUCAAGUAUCUGACUGGAGAAUUAUUGAAAUGUCAAUUUGAAGACAAACUAGAUUUACAUAUGCGACGUUUUCAAAAUAAACAUAUCACUUGCAAUGACGGAACAACAGCGGGGUAAGUCAAUGAAAGUUGGUUUAUCAAAUACAAAAAUAAAUGGUUAAUUAAGAUGGUUGCAAGACCAUCUCAUAGUUAAGAUUACAGGACACCCUUUUUGGCGUUUUGCGGAAAAUCGCUACUGCGCGCUCAAAAUCAGUCCUUAAAUCGCGCGGUACCUUUACGCUUUUGAGUUGUGUUCCUGCUGGUCUUAAGAUAUAUUUAUGAAAAUAUUAUUUUUAUACAGUAAAAUAGUUGUUCUAAAAAAUUGUGUUCGGAAAUUUUUUUAUAUUUCGUCAUUCUGCUGAUAUGGCGAUUUCUUUGACGACUGCAGUAUAUUUCUGAAUCGUUUGUGUGAAUUGCUCAUUAUUAAAAUAUCCAAAAUUCGAACAAAGCCGAACAAUAUUUUGAAUCUGACGUCUUUAGUUAUGUCCUGUGAAAAUUUGAGAAAAAUUCGUUAAAACCCGCCGGAGAACAACUCGUUUAAAAGUCAGUAAUUGCCGUAAAAUGUUUCGGGAGAAAAUUGAAUUUGAAUAUUACAUUUUCAAUGUUUUUCUUAUUGCAGCGAAAUGUAUUUUAUUAAAUAACUCUGCGAGUUUUCAACAUUUUUCGUUCAAACUUGGUCAGCUAGUAGGACUAUCUAACCUUAAUGCAAAAUCAUUUCAUUUUCAUGACUUUGUCUUGUGGAUUGUGAUUAUUGGUACUAAUAUGUACUACUGUUUCCAGGUAUUACAUUAAGAGAUCAUAUGAAAGCAACAAAUGGAUCAUUUACCUAGAAGGUUCGUUUUGUAUUGUUUUGCAAACCAAACGAUUUACUAAACUAACCUUAUUUAUACUGGACUAAAUCCUUUCUAAAUUGUUCCUCCUAUAGGUCCAGAAGUACUUACGCCUGUAUUCUAAAAGCUCACUCAAAGAGUAGAGGUUCAAUCUUAGCUUCCCUUGAGUGUCAGUGCUGUUUUUGAAUAGCUGGAGGGUUACUUUGAAUAGCUGGAGAGGAGACUCACCCUCCAGCUAUUUAAAAACAGCAUUGGACACUCAAGGGAAGCUCAAAUUGACUCCACUCUUUGAUUUGAGUGUGAGUGACCUUUCAGAAUACAGGCAUUUGACUUGAUAACUCUAUCAGUUCUGAACUAUUCUCUCUGUAUAUAGAGGUUCUCCAAGAGCCAUUAUAGAGGUUCAGCUAGAUUUGACUUCCACUACCAUUAAGGUAGUUUGAUAUAUUCGAUUAACCAAUCAUAAUGCGUACUAAGCCAGUUAGAGGUAGUGGAAGUCAAAUUUGAACCUCUUUAUUAUUGGAGCAGUGUCAUACCUUUACUAAUCUUAACUUUAUUUACGCUGGAUAGCUCUAUCAGUUCUAAAAUGUUCCCUCAUCUCUUAUUGAUCCAGUAUUACUUUCUUGAAGGUGGCUGGUACUGUUUUGAUGACCUAUCAUGUGCACAACGCUUAAACACAUCCGGAGUAAACAGUCUGACUUCAUCCAGAAACUGGUUGUCGAAAAGGAGAGGUAUAAGCAGAUUGUUUAAUAUACAGGGUGUAUCAAAAUAAACGCAAUUCAUCUUUUGUGCUUAAUAACUUUCGAAAUACUAUUUCUAGUUAAACGCUUUUAGGCUUACUUCAAAGCCUGUUCUUCUCUCUUUCAAACAAACUAUUAUCCUUGUCUCCAAUGCUAGUAAUAAUUGCACAGGAAAAGAUUUAGUAAAACCUAUCAUUUUUAGUUGCUGUUUAAUUAUGCAAGUUUAGUAUGUUAUUGUUUAGUCGGUUUAAAUGUUAGAAUUUUCUUCUUUAAACUUUAAUGUUGUCGUCACUACAUCUGGAAAACCACGUAAGAACAAAUUAAAAGUAUUUUAAAAGAGACCAGGUUGUUUGAAAAUCCUAAACGAAUGCUAAAAUCGUCAAAACAUUCUGGUGUCUGAGCCAGAGUGUCAUCGAAUUGCGAUGUAAUGUAAACAGAAAUUAUAGCAAGUUGAUGUCAGUCAGCUUAGAUGGUCCAAGCCAAUAGUGGAAGAAAAGCCGUAAUUAUACUUAUUGUUACAAUCCAUUUAAUAAAAUGCAACAUUUUUUUGUUUUAAUGAAAAAAUCAGUUAUUUUCAUGAGAACGAUUUGUUAUUCCAUCUCAAUUUUUUUAAUCUCCAAUCGCAAUAACGUAAAGUAUUAUUACCCGCGAACCAAUGAGUCAAAUUUAAGAAACAACCCACUGUUAGAAAGCUGAAUGGCUACGCUUUAAAAUGAAUGUAAACUUUAAGGUUUUCGUCUAUUAUUUGUUUAGCAAUUUACAUUUCAGUCGAGGAUUGCGCUUUUUUUGAUACACCCUGUAGUUGUGAUUAUGGUCAUUAUGUAUACGGGGAUGAAGUGGAAUUUUGGAAUGAAGAAUUCUUAAAAAGAGCUUGAAAAUUCCGCCUCAUCUCUUGAAAAGUAUGUAAAUGCAGUGUUGGGUUAUCAGAAAACUAUAUCUGGCUGGUUUAUUAUAAUGAACAUUGCCAGUGUGGUCAUUGUAACGAGUGAUCCAUCUUUAUUUCCUGUCAUUUUUAGGCUUCGGAAUUUUGUCUCCAAGCGCUGUAGAAAAUCCCACCUGGUAUAACGCCAAUCAUGUGUAAGUUAUUAUUGAUUGACUGUUUCCAAUUAUUUUAAUUGUGUGAUCAUUAUCGAUUGAAUUAUCAAUAUCUGUUUCAUGAUUAAUUUAUCUAUUGAUCAUAUGAUGUUUAGAUUGGUGCCGUAUUGUUCUAGUGAUGCUUGGAGCGGAAAUGUUUCUCGGUUCGAAUCAGGAGGUUGGUGUCCUUUUUCAAAAACUUUGUCCUGACUACUUUCGGACCUUUCUUUCGGUAAUUCACAAAAACACUCGCUAAAUUCAGUUUCACCAAAAAUAAAAAAAGUUGCGCGGUACUAUACACUUUAUAACAGGGGUUAGAGAGAUUCUAGGUAAAUCCACUAUGAAUUAAAUCCAUGUUCAGCAGGUUUAGCUGUAUUCAGAGUAUACUGUUGCAUGUAUUUUAUUUGACUGAUAACUAAAUCUAGUUUGCCAAGUCGUACCGUACUUUUUAUCAACUGUUAUCUUGCAUUCUUAGGGCAAUUCUCGUUCAUGGGAUAUAAAAUUAUCAACGAGGUUAUACGAGAGCUUUUACCCCAAGGUUUGCUAGAAGCUAAACAUCUUCUCAUGGCUGGAAGCAGGUAAUUGUCAUUUUUUUGUACCCUGCAGGGAAGCAAUGCAUAUAGGUAAACUUUUAAACAAGGAAACUUUAAAACUUGAUUGUUCCCGCAGCAACAAUGCCCAGUUCUCAGUCCAAAUGACCAGUUUGAACUAAACGUUCUCGUUGAGUGCACAAAUCAAUAUAUUAAAGUUAUAAUCUCAAUAGACCUUUCCCCUUAUGAGUGAGAUUUUGAUCUAGACAAGCCUGGACAAAAAUUUCACCACAGCUUGAAAGACCAUCACAAAAUUAGUAAUAUUCCGAAGUUUCGUUGCGAAAUGUUGUAAAAUGCGGAUAAUAAGCCUUGCGAAAUUUGCCGUUUUUCAGUCAUUUUGUAUUACAAAUGGGAAAUUGAUAGUUUGAUCAUCUGAUUAUCAAUUUCCCUUUUGUAAUGGAAAAUGACUGAAAAACGGCAAACUUCGCAAGGCUAUAUUAUCCGCAUUUUACAACAUUUCGCAACGAAACUUCGGAAUAUUACUAAUUUUGUGAUGCUCUUUCAAGCUGUGAUGAAAUUUUUGUCCAGGCAUAUCUAGAUCAAAAUUUCACUCAUAAGGGGAAAAGUCUAUUGGGAAAGGGGAAAGGUCUGUCUGUGCUGGAUGGAUAGGGACACAACUAUACCUAAAAAAUACAAGCAGAACGUAGUAGCGCCGGUGGCAAACGUCGAAGUUCAGGUAGUUGUAUCCCUAUCAAUAUCCACAGCUUUCAUAUUAAAGUUAUAUUGAUAAUACAGAAACAUUAUCUAUCUCUGAUUGUAGUUGCAUUUGUUUAGUGUUGGUGGUAUUGGUGUCAUACUGAAUAUUGACCGUGUUGCUGAAAUGAUGUUUACCGCUGGUUCAUCUUGCAAAGUUCGUGGUAUCUCCGAUUCAGGAUGGUACCUUGAGAGAAAACCUGAUUUAACCGGCAAAUGUAAAAAUAAUCCAAAAAAUUGUAACAAACCUUCUCAAGCAAUCCAGAAAGGGAUGGGGUAGGUGUACUUACUAUAUGAUAUAUCUCGAACGUGGGGAUCCAGUGUAGGUAGUAUUCUACAAUAAGCUGUUGUGGUUCGUGUCUGAACUACUUGAAAAAGAUAUCUCAAACGUGGUGGUCCAGUGUAUAGGGUAGUAUUCUACAAUAAGCUGUUGUCGUUUGUGUCUGAACUACCUCAAAAAGAUAUCUCAAACGUGUUGGUCCAGUGUAGGUAGUAUUCUACAAUAAGCUGUUGUGGUUUGUGUCUGAACUACCUGAAAAAGAUAUCUCAAUAAGCUGUUCAGUGUGGUUUGUGUCUGAACUACCUGAAAAAGAUAUAUCGAAUGUGGGGGUACAGUGUAGCUGGUAUUUUACAAUAAAAUGUUUAGCAACUACUUGAACAAAACGCUUCUUUAAGUAAAUCUCAUCUCAAGGCAUACCGUACAGAUGUAAUCAUUUCAUUUUGUGCAUUCUCUGUUAAACGUCUUCUCCAUUUGACCGUUCCAGGUACUGGAGUGGUGUUGUUCCAAGCGCUUGCGCAAAACAAUUUCAAAACGAACCAUGGCGAUGUUAUUUCGGUCACAAUGUAAACCAAACUUUGAAAAGUAAGUGUUUUUACCUUCUUUUGAGUAAAUUAAUUUAAAAACUAAUUAAUUUAAAACCCAAAAGAAACGGAUUUAAAGCAAAAAAGUAUAACUAAGAAGCAAAACACAUUGAAUUCUAAAUGAAUUCACUUAUCCUUACAAUCCUUUUCCCUUUUUAGGUCCUUUAUUUAUUUUCCAAUGGCAAUAUGAUCCAACACAAAUCAUAGUUGACGAUCCAACAUCUCUACAUGGAGACGUAACGUUUGGACAACAUUUAAUGGGCAAAGUAAUGAAGUUAGCCUCGGACAUGAAGAAAUCUAUAGAUGGCCAUAGGUAUGUUUGCAGUAAUAUUUAGUUGAUUUAACUGAUAUUUAUACGACUUUUGCAUCGUUUCUUUUCAACUUAAAAUUUCACUUUAUGUUAUUCUAGCGCUGUGUUUUUUCCAGCUUGUUUGGCGCAUUCCACUUUAACAAACAGGUAAAUGGACCAUUCCCCCAAUUAACCAAAAUUUUGAUCUCAACAAGUCUAGACGAAAUUCCAUCAAAGCAUGAAAGAGCAUCACAUCAAGUUUCGUUGCGAAAUGUUGUAAAAUGUUUUGCAAUUUUCAGUCAUUUUAGAUUACAAACGGGAACUGGUUACCACUUUUCCAAAAUUUUGAUCUUAACUAGCCUAAACAAAAAUUUCAUCACAGCUUGAAAGAGCAUCACAAAAUUAGUAAUAUUCCAUAGUUUCGUUGCAAAAUGUUGUAAAAUGCGGAUAAUAUAGCCUUGCGAAAGUUUGUAAUUUUCAGUCAUUUUGUAUUACGCACAGAAGUGGUAACCAUUUCCCGUUUGUAAUCUAAAAUGACUGAAAAUUGCAAAUUUCGCAAGGCUAUAUUAUCCGCAUUUUACAACAUUUUGCAACGAAACUUUGGAAUAUUACUAAUUUUGUGAUGCUCUUUCAAGCUGUGAUGAACUGUUUGUCUAGACUUGUUGAGUUGAAAAUUUUGGUUAAUUAGGGAAUAGGUCCAUUGUCUUAAACUACAUUACCGUUUCUACAACAUGACGUAUUAAUCAGUUACUUUCCAGUUACGUCCGGUUGAUUACCCCCCCACACGCAAACAUUUGCGGUAGAUCUUUACCACCCAUCGACAAGUGCAAGACCUCUAAAUAAACUGUAUCUACUAGAUGAUUCAGGGUUCGAGAGAAAAAAAUGACCUGCCAGUCUAAAAUGUUUUGGGAGGUGAAAUAAAUUUUAGCCUGCCAUUUUUAUUCAUCGAACUGCCAAAAUUGGCGAUGUCAUGUCUCAUCUCAUAUGAGUCAUAUUGUAAAAAUCAUGAUAUAUGCAUUUUUACUGUUUUUAAACUUGUCUAUUUUACUACAGUAAAGUUGGAUUUACAUUUCAAAUAUAAACGUGUUUAGUGAACUAAAUGAUAAUUUCACCUGCCAUUUUUUUUUACUUUGGCAGUUCAAAUUUGUUUUUGCCUGCCAUUUCUAAAAUAUGGCCUACUUUUGGCCAUCGGCAGUCCGCUAUUUCGAGCCCUGGAUGAUUGAUUACAUUUUCAAUAAUUUAUCUUAACUCAACACUUUCAUUUCAGUGACUGGCUUUCAAUCCAAGUGGAAGGCUACAAUCUGGAUCGUGCUAUAAAUUGUUGGAUUAUUAAAGACAGUCUCAAGCAUUCAACAUUAUCACCUAACAUGCCCUCGUCAUACUGCAAGUCCGUUCUGAUAGACGAUUGCUAUCUUCCUCAGUGUAACUCCCUCUGCCCCGCGCCACGCAAUCCGUUCACCGGCGAACUGCUUGUGACACCAACACUUUCGCAGGGAGUGGCAGCCGGACAGAAUAAUAAAAGCCAGAAAACGAGCCUUGGUUAGAGAAAGAAUGAAUUUAGAUAUAUAAAGUUAUAGAUGUAUAAAGUUAUUACCAAGCUAGUGUAGUUUAUACACCAUCAGUGCUAAAGUGUAAAUUUUGUGCAUCUUGUUUUGUCAUACGAUUUCUUUCUUUCAAUCUAAAGGAAAGACGUUUCGCUAAAAUAGGUGAAGUAAGGUCAUACCGUAAACCUCUGACUAUACAGGGUGUAUAAAAAAACUGAACAGAUUUGAAAUUGCUCUCAAUUUCGCAAAACAGCUAUUAGUAUCCAGUUUUUGAUAUAUAUAUAUAUAUAGUUUCUUUGGGUACUUAUAAUGUAGAAUAAUAAAAAAAAUAUUAUCGAACUCAAAUUUUAUGAACCAGGGGGUGUGUCUUUUCCAACAAAGUAAAAAUGGCUUGCGCACGAAAUUUAAAAGCUCUAAUCAUAUGUUGAGUUGAUAGAUGGAAAAUUUGUUGGGCUUUUAAUUACUGUACAAAAUUUCAGACAAUUUGCUUUAGUUUAAAAAAUUAGCCUUUCGCAUGCUUAAUUAAUGCAUUUACCUAAUUUGCAUACUGCUGACAUAUGCAAAUUAGGCAAAGGCAUUAAUUAGCAUGCAAAUAGCUGAUAUUUUAAGAAAAUAUGCGAGUUUGCGUGAAUGGUUAAAGGGCUUAAACUGAAGCAAAUUGUCUGAAAUUGUGUGUACAGUAAUUAAAAACCCAGCAGAGCUUCCAUCCAUUAACUUAAAAUAUGAUUAAAGCUUCUAAAUUUCGUGCGCUAGCCAUUUUUAGUUUGUUGGAAAAGACACACACCCCUGGUUCAUAAAAUUUGAGUUCGAGAAUUUUUUUUCAUUUUUCUACAUUAUAAGUACCCAAAGAAGCUAUAUACAUAAAAAAACUGGAUACUAGUAGCUGUUUUUCGAAAUUAAGAGCAAUUUCAAAUCUAUACACCCUGUAAGCCCAGCCUGUCCAGAGUUUAUAAUCCUUCAGUAAGUACUGUUUCAUACUGUUUCAUGGGCUUAUAGCCUUAUACCAUAUAGAAAUAAUAUCUAUUAUUUCUAUGGCUUAUACCACAACUUAUACACACAGAGAGAUUUAUAUUUGAUGGCCUACAUUCGGACGUUUACGGUAUAUACAUAGUAAGGUCAUAAAACUGUAAAAUUUAAGAAUUUACAUUAUAUAUUGUAUAGUCACUGGUUACAUAUAUAUUAUAAUAUAUAUACAACAGUUAUUUAGAAAAUUGAUAAACUGUAUAUUACAUAACUUAAUCGACUGCUGAGCAUACAAACGCAAGUCGAUGUACAUUUUUAACGUUGUAUUAUUUCAACGUCGACAAAAACUUCUGCCAUUGAUUAUUUAUUUAACCAUAGUCAUGGUCUCUCAAGCUUUCAAUUUCCGUAUUUUAAUAUAACCAAAAAAUGUAAAAUAUAUUGUUUUAUAUAACAAACGUU